GUUCCACGUACAGCGUUCUCUCCACUAUGCCAUCUGACUCAGAAAGCAGCAGCUCCCUCAGUAGCGUUGGUUCGCCCGUUAACGGUGAAGCAUCCUCCCCACCCCCCGCCAUUAACGACAACCGGCCAUCCGGUGACAACCUGGACACCAUCUUGUUCCAGCUCCGCCAGGUGACCAGGGAGAGGGAUGAGCUUCGUAAGCGUCUGGCGUUGGCAUCGCCCGGGACCACCUUCGAUGACUGCAGGCCAAAUUCCAAACCCAGUCAUGACUAUGAGCGUCUCAAAAGUCAGUGCAUGAGGGCCAUGGCAGAUCUGCAGUCUCUCCAGAACCAGCACACCAAAACGCUCAAGAGGUGCGAGGAGGCUGUAAAAGAGGCAGACUUCUACCACAUGCUGCACAGCCGCAUCUUGGGCGAACAGACCCAGCUGAAGGAGGAGAUGGAGACACUCAGGAGGGACGACACUCAACUUGUCCGAGAGCACAACCACCUAAAACAGAGCUGUGAGGAGCUCAAACGACUGCACAGUCAAGACCAGAAAGAGUUGGCAGACCUCCGGCUGCAGCAACAGCAGGUAAUGAGAGAGAAGGGCUCUUCAGAGGUGUUAAACAAACUCUAUGACACAGCUAUGGACAAGCUGGAGGGCGUGAAGAAGGAGUAUGACGCCCUGAGCAAGCGCUACAGUGAGAAGGUGGCUAACCACAACACAGACCUGAGCCGCCUUGAGCAGGCCGAGGAGGAGAACCGAAGGCUGCAGAAGCAGAUGGACGCGCUGCUCAAACAGCGAGACUCGGCCAUGCACUACCAGCAGCAGUACUCCACCUCGAUAAGGAGGUUUGAUUCAGUGCAGCAGGAACUGAACAAGUCCUCCGCGCAGAACAAGGAGCUGCAGAGAGAGAUGGAGCGCCUGCAGUCGGAGGUGACACGCUACAAGAACUUGCAGCUGAAGGCAGCCAAGGACUGCGAGAAGUACAAGGAGGAGAGAGACUCUGUGUUCAACGAGUAUCGUCUCAUCAUGAGUGAGAGGGACCAGGUGAUCAAGGAGCUGGACAAGUUGCAGACAGAACUGGAGGCAGCCGAGGCCCGACUGAAAAACACCUCUUCAGAGAGAGUGGUUGCCAGUGAAGAGUUGGAGGCACUCCGGCAGGAGUUAAACUCGUCACUGGUGGACCGCGACAGGGCCAUCUGCGAGAGGAACGAGCUGCUGGAGAAGUACUGCCACGAGGUGAAGGACAAGGCCGAGGCUCAGAAGGAGCUGAGUCAGGCCUGCAAGGACAUCGAGGUGGUACGGGAGGAGAGGGACGUGGCCCGCAAAGAGAGGACGGAGGCCAUCAUUCAAAGGGAUCAGUUGCUCAGAGAGUACUAUCAGGCCAGACAGAAACAAGACUCGGCCACCCUGGACAUGGAACGAGCCAAUAAGGAGAUUGAGAUGCUGAGGAAACAGUAUGAGGCCAUGUCCCAGGAACUGAAGGAGGCCACGCAGGAGGCGGAGGUGGCCAAAUGUCGACGGGAUUGGGCCUUUCAAGAGAGGGACAAAAUAGUGGCAGAGAGGGAGAGCAUAAGGACUCUGUGUGAUAACCUACGGCGGGAGAGGGACCGGGCAGUCAGCGAUCUGGCCGAUGCCCUGCGUAAUCUCGACGAUAUGAGGAAACAGAAGAAUGAUGCGUUGCGAGAGCUCAAAGAACUAAAAGAGAAGAUGGAGAGCCAGCUGGAGAAGGAGGCCCGGUUCUGUCAGCUAAUGGCCCACAGCUCUCACGACUCAGCCAUCGACACAGACUCCCUGGAGUGGGAGACAGAGGUGGUGGAGUUUGAGAAAAACAGGGACGACAUGGAUUUAAAGGCACUUGGGUUUGAUAUCGCUGAGGGGGUAAAUGAUCCGUAUUUACCAGGAGAUUGUGGUAUAUUUGUUACAAGAGUGGACAAAGGAAGUAUCGCAGAUGGAAGGUUAAGAGUGAAUGAUUGGUUGUUGAAGAUUAAUGACAUGGACCUUACCAAUAAGGACAGGAAGCAGGUGGUGAAGGCCUUCCUUAAUGGUGGCGGAUUGAUCAACAUGGUAGUACGAAGAAGGAAGUCUCUGGGAGGAAGGCUCCUCACUCCUGUCCACAUCAACCUCGUGGGACACCAAGACAGUGGUAUUGGUCUGGAGAGCGGCGUGUUUGUCACUGCCCUUGUCCAGGGCAGUCCAGCAGCCAGGGAAGGCUCUCUCACAGUUGGAGACAGACUGAUCGCUAUAAAUGGCAUUGCUCUGGAUAACAAAUCUGUGACAGAGUGUGAGGCUCUGUUGAGGAGCUGCAGGGACUCUCUUAGCCUCUCUCUCAUGAAGUUCUUCCCUCACAGCACGUCAGGCCAGAACAUCUUUGAGAGUCUGCGUGAGUCUUCAGAGAAGUCCAAUGGGCGCAUUCACCUGUCUGAGAUUCACUCCCGGAACAGCCGCAACCUGAAACACAACAGCUCGACACAGACUGACAUAUUCUGCCCUGAUGUUGGAACCACCAGCACAAGUAGCAUCUCUGGGGAGAGGAGGAAGGUCAGAGGAGAAUCUGAUGAGGUGUACAGCGACAUCAACAAGCCGUUCUCCACGGGGUCCCUCCAUGCUACUAGCCUUCGGCCGGCCUCUGACUUGGGCACUGGCCGCUAUGGCCCCAGUGCUUUCCAAGAGUGCUGUCCCUACACAAAGGCGCCUUCCUCCUUGCCCUUUGACCCUGUCUCUGCCUCAGACUGCAUCACAAUGGAGACAACCCUGGAGAAGAAGCACAGUGGGGGCACAUGGCCCAAGAUGAUGGUGGGAGGUAUGUCGGUUGCACCAGAUAACACCAGUCCAGUCACAGCAGCAGCCCAGCUCUCCAUCUACAAAUCGCCCAAGCAGAGGAAGUCCAUCUUUGACCCAGACACUUUCAAACGCCCCGAAACACCUUCCUCUAAGAUGGAGUACAUGGCAGCCAAUCAGAUUGCAGUUGUGGCCGCCGCUGCAACUUCCCACUCCCCGCAGCCUUCGAAGACAGAGUCCCUCUCCUCCUCAUCCACCCCUACCCCUCCAACCCCACCCACUCGCAGUGACUCCUUCAAGUUCAAACACAAACAUCAAAGCAGCUCUGCCUCUGACUGCACGAUCACCUCAGACGGCAAGGGAGAGGCUGCCAUCUCCAUGGCGGCGGGAGAGCGAAGCGAGCGAGAAAGAGACAGGAAUGGAAACCACUAUUUCCUGGACGGCAAGGUCCUGACCUCGAGGAAGUCAUGCGAUGAGGACAUCGGCCGAACCAGAGGGGAGGAGCCAGAGGUGAAGAGGCCGCGCCCCAAAUCUGCCCCCGCCCUUCGACGUAGGAUGACCCCCCAGACCAUCACUCUUCCCUCCUUCCAAAGCUACUCUAACGAUGAGCAUUCACCAGAGCCCAGGGACAUGCUGCGUUCCUCCCCCAGCCGCUCCCAUAGGCACAGCGUCGGCUUUGUCCCCACAGUCUACAAUGGCACGCUACCUCCUAAUUCAGUCCACCGGGGUCUGGCUCCUUGCCCCGCUGUGACAGCUGUGAUGAGGAAUCCAGUGUACACCGUGCGCAGUCACCGCGUUCAUACCAGCAACUGUCCAUCUGUCGCCUCCCAGAUAUGUCACCAGCACACCCACACCAGCCCACAACACCAGGGUCGUCUGAGCCUGGACCUGAGCCAGCAGAAGCGCACAAGUGACUACUCUGAAUCCUCAUCGUCACGCAGCAGCAGAGCUUCACACGGUACAAACUCACUGCCCUCCAGCGCACGACUCGGUUCCUCCAAUAAUGUCCAGUACCGCACAGAGAGGAUCAAAAUCCCUUCCACUCCCCGCUACCCUCGCUCCAUGCUGGGGUCAGACAGAGGUUCCCUCUCACACUCUGAGUGUAGCAGUCCCAGUCUCAUCACACCUCCGCAUUCGCCCCUCAAUCUGGAGACUUCCUCGUUUGCCAGCAGCCAAUCACAAGGCUCCAUUUCCACUUUACCUCGGAUCUCAGUCAGCCCUUUGCCAAUAGGGGAGCGCAGGAAAGACAGAUCUCUUUACCGUAACCGAUCUUUUCUAAGGAUUCCUCUGGCUGCAAGGCCGAGGUUCUCCUCUCUCAGGAGCCUCAGGCCAUACUUGGAGGAGCCCCGCAAUGUAAUUGUGCACAAAGGCGCGGAGCCUCUGGGCAUCUCCAUCGUCGGUGGGGAGAACGGAGGGAUCUUUGUUUCUAAAGUUACUGGAGGUAGCAUCGCCCACCAGGCAGGAUUGGAGUAUGGAGACCAAUUACUGGAGUAUAACGGCAUCAACCUGCGGAACGCUACGGAGCAGCAAGCUCGACUCAUCAUCGGCCAGCAGUGUGACACCAUCACCAUUAUGGCCCAGUACAACCCACACAUGUACCAGCUGGGCAUCCACUCCCGCUCCAGCUCCCGCUUGGAGCCAGUCAGUACUCACUCGACUCCCCAGGGGAGCGGAGCCGCCACCCCCGACAAUCACUCCACCAUCGAUACACUCAGCGAACAGGAUGAGGGCACGCUCACUCCUUCCUCCAAACAGACCACACCCACUACAAGUCCCAACAAUUUCAUCAGAAUGCCGUCUGAGGGCAGCAAGAAGGUGGAUGAGCCGAGGCUUGUGACGGUGCGCAGGCCUGGGGUGGAGGUGGGAGUGACACUCUGCGGAGGGAACCUACGGGGCGUUUACAUAGAGAGCCUGGAUGAGGACAGUCCUGCCAGAGGCCCUGAUGGGCUGCUUCCUGGGGACAUCAUUCUGGAGUACAACUCGGUGAAUAUGAAGAAUAAGACGGCAGAAGAGGUGUACGUCGAGAUGCUGAAGCCUGCGGAGACGGUCACAUUCAAGGUGCAGCAUCGGCCAGAUGACUUCAGCACACUCAAAGAUGUUCCAGGAGAUGGCUUUUAUAUUAGAGCACUUUACGACCGGGUGGGGGAGGCUGAGGGGGACCUCAGUUUCAAGAAGGAUGACAUCCUGUACGUGGAUGAGUCUUUACCAAAGGGCAGCUUCGGGACGUGGAUGGCCUGGCAGCUAGAUGAGAAUGCACAGCAGAUCCAGAGGGGGCAGAUCCCCAGCAAGUACAUGAUGGACCAAGAGUUUUACCGCAGACACAGUGUGACAGAAAUGAAGGAAGACUCCAGUAAGACUCUCUCUGCAGCGGCCCGCAGAUCCUUCUUCAGGAGAAAACAGAAACACAAACGCAGCAGCUCCAAAGACAGCAAAGAGAUGGUGGCUCUGGACGCCAUCAGCACAGACUCCAUCCCCUUCCUUGAUGACUGUGUGAGCCUGGCAUACCAGCGGGUCCAGAAGGUGGAGUGCACCUCUCCCCGACCGGUACUCAUCCUUGGGCCGCUCACUGACGCCGUCAAGGAGAUGCUGGUCAAAGAGUCUCCUGGGAAGUUCUGCAGAUGUUUACUGGAGGUGAUGAAGGCAUCCCAGCAAGCCAUCGAGCGGGGCGUCAAAGAUUGCCUCUUCAUCGACUACAAGCGCAGGAGUGGCCAUUUUGACGUGACCACUGUUGCUUCUAUAAAGGAAAUAACAGAUAAGGGCUGUCACUGUUUGCUCGACAUUGCCCCGCACGCCAUCGAAAGGCUCCACAGCGUUCACAUUUAUCCAAUUGUUGUCUUCGUCCGUUACAAAAACGCAAAGCAGAUCAAAAAAGAUUUCUCUCCCAAGACCCUCACUGGCAAAAUAAGUAACAGGGAGCAGAAAGAUCCGGUUUAUCUGCGGGAUAAAGUCUCUCAAAAACAUUCCAAGGAGCAAUUUGAAAGUGCACAGAAGAUAGAGCAAGAGUACAGCAAAUUCUUCACAGGUAUUGUCCAAGGCGGCACCCUGCCUUACAUUUGCACUCAGAUCAUGACUAUAGUUGAUCAAGAACAAAGUAAAGUCCUGUGGACUCCACUCGGCUGCCCCUAGAGGAGACCGUCUGCCACUACAGCAAGCUGCGGCUUUCAUCUCCAUUCCCCAAACACUAAUUAACCCUUUCACACUAUACCAAUAGGUACACUACAGUGAGCUAGUUAUGUAAAUUAUUGAUAUUUUUUUAUUCUGUCUUUGUCUUGAUUUAUAAUCAGAGCCUCCUUCUUAUUUCUGAUGUGCUCCGGAGCAGGUUAGUAGCACUGGAUCUCGACGUUAAAAGUUCAGUCAGUCUUCCCUAAGGGUUUCUCUGGUGGUGUAUUUGUAAUGCUGCAUUGUAAGCGUCCGUUUACAGUCAAAAGACGAGUCUGACUUGGUGUUCAAUAUUUACUUGAAUGCGUAUGUCCUACC